AUGCUGAAGCACAACCGAACGGGGAUGGCCAUCUUUAUGACUUUAAACAUUUACCUUAGUGUUUCAGAAGCUGUCCUCGUCGGAUUCAGUUCAGUCGUCGCCAAAGAGCAAUGGCACCCAAAAGAUUUGAUUGCCAAUAACGCUUAUUUAUUACGUAACUCUUCGUUCGACAAUACGACUGCAUCUAAUGGCGACGAACCGUCAGAAUUGGCCCAUUUGCUAAUGCCAAUUUGGGCCUACCAGUUGGCCGCCGGUUAUUUGAUCUUCAUCAGCGUCCUCGGUCUCUUGAUGAACAUCGUCGUCGUCCUCGUCAUCGUCAACGAUCCGCAGAAAAUGACGCCACUGAAUUGGAUGUUGCUCAACUUGGCCUGCUCCGACGGAUUGAUUGCCGGAUUCGGGACGCCCAUCUCGGCAGCUGCUGCUCUGCAAUAUGAUUGGCCCUUUAGCGAUGAAUUGUGCGUCGCCUACGCCAUGAUCAUGUCCACUACGGGAAUCGGAUCGAUUACGACAUUGACGGCGCUGGCCUUGUGGCGAUGUCAACUGGUCGUGUACUGCCCGGCAAAUCGGAACGGGGCCUUCAGUGGCGUCGGCGGUGGCAGCGGCAAACUGGGCCGGGUUCAGGCCGCCGUUUUGCUGACUCUCAUCUGGUCCUAUUCGCUGGCCGUCACUUGUCCGCCGCUGUUCGGUUGGGGACGCUUUGACAGAGAAGCCGCCCACAUAAGUUGCUCGGUCAACUGGGAGUCCAAGAUGGCCAACAACCGGUCCUUCAUCCUCUACAUGUUCGCCUUUGGAUUAUUCGUCCCGUUGGUCGUCAUCGUCGUCUCCUAUUUCAGCAUCCUGCGCGUCGUCAAAAAGCGAAGCCGCAACAGCGACGCGGCCGAGAAACGGGUGACGGUGAUGGUGGCCUGUAUGGUCGGCGCCUUUCUGGCCGCCUGGACUCCUUAUUCCAUUCUGGCCCUCUUCGAGACUUUCAUCGGAACCAAUGGGGAAGACAAUUUUUUGGAUGAUGACGUCGCAACUAUUUCGCCGGCAUUCGCCACCAUUCCGUCGCUAUUUGCUAAAUCAUCCGCCGUCCUCAAUCCGCUCAUCUACGGACUUCUCAACACUCAGUUCCGAUCGGCUUGGCAGAAAUUUACGACUCGCUUCCUACGUCCACGACCACGUCGACACCGUCGUCGCCGCAACAGCAAAGAUUUGGUGUUGAACAUUUCUGGCAUCAGCAAACCAUCAAAGAGAAAGAGAGAAGUUUGGCAAUUGCUGAGUUGCAAUGUUGGCAGUUCACUGCCGUCUGAUGUGAAGUCAUCGGCGUCUGUCCACCUGUCGAUGAAGGAAAUCGUUUCCAACGAGUCGCAAUUGGCUUACGUCAUGGCCAACGCCGUGACGGGCCAACAGGUCGUUAAUAGCGCCCAUCAAAGCGGAGAGAAUCAAGACCCUCAAAAACAACGACGACGGCCGAAAAAUCCGGCCAAGACAUCGUGUUCAUCAUCAAUGUCCGAUCCAGAAACAUUCGUCACUCAAGAGCAGACGAUCCAGAUGAAAUCCUUCCGGAAUCGUCGUCCACUCAGCGUCCAGCAACAGCCAAAGCCAGAAGAGCAGCCAGUGCCAGAAUUAAAAGCAACCACCAAAUUGGUGGUGGUCAUCCGGAUGAUUUCAGAAUCGACCAGCUACUCGUGCAACAAUGGCGACCACAACGUCGUCACGACCACCACAUUGGAGUCUGAGGGAGGUUCGGUUUUCUCGGCGGAUGCGACAGCUGAUGACAACGACAUUGCCCAAAAGUGA